AUGAGAUUAUUCAUCGACAUUUACGAGGUACUUUCAAGAAGCAGAUUUCAGUUGUACCAGAUAGCUCCGGAUCACAUUUUCUAUGUGGAGGACGACGAGAUAAAAGAUAUUCGAGAACUUAACAAGGCUCGACUCAUAAUUGCAAAGCAACUCGAAGAACAACGAUUGGCUAACGCGACGGUUGGGAACAGAACGUCGUUUUCAGUCAAAAUAUUGCAUUCGCUGUGGCGGAACUGUCCAUUUGUUUGGAGCGAAUUCUUUCUAUUCUCACUGUCAGGUGUUCUCCUUGGUAUUUUCUUGAAACGUUCAUGGAUCAGGUUGUCGCGGUGA